GUCGCCGCGCCUCAGCGGGAGCGCGCUGCGCUGGAGUACACAUGCACACACUGGAGCGCGCUCCCGAGGACCCUCCGGACCAAACUUCCAGGGCAGCAGCAGCGGCGGCGGCGAAGUUCGCAGAGGAAAACUGCGUAAACGGCAGAGAAGCUCCCCAAAGUGACCCGGGCCGACGCCAGACAGCCGCCAUGGACGACUUAGACGCAUUGCUGGCAGACCUGGAAUCCACUACGUGCCACAUCUCAAAGCGACCCGUGUUCCUGUCUGACGAGACCCCCUACUCCAUCCCCACCGGAGGACACUCCUACCAGGAUGUGUCGGCUCCACCUCCGGUCCCUCCUCCACCCUCAGCCGAGGCUCUGAACGGCUCCCUGGUCGAUCAGCUGGACUCCCACCACUCCUCCCAGCAGUCGUUAGGUUCAGCCCAGAAGAGCUCGUGGUCCAGGGACAGCAGCAGCUCCCCGUUGUCUCACAUCGAAGAGGACCACGUCUACAGUUUUCCGAACAAACAGAAGUCCUCAGACUCGUCCACAGCAGCCAUGACCUCCGCCUUGGGCAGCAACCUGUCGGAGCUCGACAGGCUGCUGCUGGAGCUCAACGCGGUGCAGCAGAGUUCGCCUUCGUUCCCCACUACAGAAGAGGCGCCUCCACCCUUACCAUCCUGCAGCAUCACCCACUACGAGAACGGCGGCUGCCCCGACAUCACGGUGAGCCCGCCCCUUCAGGACAAACCCAAGAGGAACGGGACGAGGCCCGAUGAGGCCCGACCCACCGUGGAGAGUCUGCUGGACGAGCUGGAGGGCUCAGUGCCGUCACCCAGCCCUCCGGCUCACCACAGCGAUUUGGACACUCCGUCUCAGCAGCAAGCCAGAAUGUCCGCUUCCUGUGCUACGAGAGAGCUCGACGAGCUGAUGGCCUCUUUGUCGGACUUCAAGCCCAGUUCUUUGGGCUCUCUGCUGGACCCAGCAGGAGCCUCCUCCAGCUCUCCUCAUCCUCCGGUCUCUUCCUCCGUCACCCCGGUGGCUUCUCCUUUCCUUCCUCUGUCCCACCCGUCUGCCUGUGCUUCUCCUCCUCUCCUCUCUUUGCCUGCUGGUCUCGAGCUGCACAUAGACGAGGAUGGAGGAGACGGCGGCGUGUCGACGCCCCAUCUGAACCACCUCCCUCCUCAUAGUCCCCUGUCGUCCCUUUCUGCAGCCAGUGACCCAGACCUGGACUCUGUUGUAGACGUGUCAGCUGCCAUGCUGUCAUCCCAACACAAGACUCUGCUAGUCCUCUCUCAGUCUGCUUCCUCCAAUUCCAACCUGAUGAGAAAUAGCCCAAGUCCUUCAUAUACCACCACCACGCCCUCCCUUACCUCAGUUAACACGGUCCUGGACCACAAGUCCUCCAAGUCCCCCAGUCCAUCUGUAGAACGAGUCUCACCCUCAAAUGCUGUCAGUAAAUUCUCUUGUUCUCCUGAGACUGUGAGCAAAGGCUCUGCUUCUUUUCAUGACCUCAAUUUGAAUUUGUCCAGUCCUCCACCUCCUUCCAUAAACUUGAUGACUCUGUCACCUCUCCCUGUUGCUCCAUCUGCAUCUCAUCCUGCUGCACAUGCGUCCUCAAAGACAUCCUCACCGUCUCCGGUCUCCCCGGUGAUGGUUCCUCCGCUGCUGGCCUUUCCCAGUCCUGGCAGACAGCUGCCAGAGUCGGGACCCUCCGCCCUGAGAGCCAGCCCCCUCCCCAUGGCGGAGCCGUCCCUGGACGAGGCCCUGGACAAGCUGUUAGCAAUGAGUUUUGCACAGAAUCACACUGAGGAGCCCCAGCUGAAGAUGGAGGCGCGCUGUCUCGGCAGGGGACUGCAGGAGGUGCAGGAGGAGCUCAUCCUGCCCGCGGACAGAAACAGCGUGCAGCCUGACAUGUUCGCCAGCACCACCAACACCAUCACGGAUGAAUCGGUGGACGGAGGCACCGAUGGGAACGGGGAUCUGGACUGGGCAGACGAGGAGCUGUCCAUGUCCUUCCACGACGGGCUGGACGGCACCAUGACGCCCUACACCGAGCGCCCGUACACGGACGGCAGCAUGACCCCGCUGACGGAGGCCAGCUGGAUGGAUGAGUCCAUGACCCCGUCCUCAUGUCCCGGGACCCCUGAUGCUGCCCUGGACCUGCCUCUGCUGCAGACCCCCAAUAUGGACCGAGUGUCUGCAUCUGGACACAUCAAAUCCGUCAUCAGACGCACUAAGGAGACCUCCAACGUGCACCCCAUGUACCGAGACGGCCACCAGCGCAGGAAGAUGGGGCCCGUCAUCGUGAACAAGAACAGCUCUCAGGACCGCCUCAUCGAGGAGCUUCAGGGGAAGUUUGGGAUCGGCCGCUCGGAUCGGCGGAGGAAACAGUCAGACGAUUGGCUCACAGAGGGCGUCAUCGUCAUGUCCAAACCGCAGCGUCUCCGUAGCGACGGGGCUGCCGCUGAGGUCGACAAGAUCAUCCUCACCCCCGAGUCUCCUGUCCCUGUGAGGAAGGUGCUCCCACCGCCCUCCCCCCCCGCCCCUCGUCGCCCCCCUGUCAUAGAAGAGCCUAAGCGGCUGAUCCCAGUCCAGCAGCCCCCCGUCCCUGUGCCACCACCUCCUCCUCCACCCCCUCCCUCUCCCCCUCCACAACCUGCCCACGUCAAGGAGCCGACUCCUGCUGCACCGCGGCACGUUAGAGAGCCCUCACCUCCUCCAGCCCCGACUCAGGAACCUCCUGCCCCCAAACCAGAGCCCCCUCCUCCCGUUCUUAAAGCCCCUACCCGGCCUCCACCAGUGGAGCCAGUCACACCAGUAGCACCCAAAGUCCUGGUGUCUGUAGGCUGCCAGACAGAAUACGAUCCAGUCUUCCCUCCGGUGCAGAUCAUGGCUCAGGGGAAGGGCGGAGUUCCCGGUGGGCCGCCGACGCAGGUCAACAAGCUGGACAACAUGCUCGGCAGCCUGCAGUCCGACCUCAACAAGCUGGGCGUGCAGACGGUCGCUAAAGGAGUCUGCGGGGCCUGCUGCAAGCCAAUAGUGGGCCAGGUGGUGACCGCGAUGGGCCGCACGUGGCACCCCGAACACUUCGUGUGCACACACUGUCAGGAGGAGAUCGGCUCCAGGAACUUCUUCGAGCGCGAAGGGCAGCCGUACUGCGAGAAGGAUUACCACCACCUGUUCUCGCCGCGCUGCUUCUACUGCAACGGGCCCAUCCUGGACAAAGUGGUGACGGCGCUGGACAGGACUUGGCAUCCUGAACACUUCUUCUGCGCUCAGUGUGGAUCCUUCUUUGGCCCAGAGGGUUUCCAUGAAAAGGACGGAAAGGCUUACUGCAGGAAGGAUUACUUCGACAUGUUCGCCCCGAAGUGCGGCGGCUGUGCCCGAGCCAUCCUGGAGAACUACAUCUCGGCGCUGAGCAGCCUCUGGCAUCCGGAGUGUUUUGUUUGCAGGGAGUGCUUCACCCCCUUUGUGCACGGGAGUUUCUUUGAGCACGACGGCCAGCCCUACUGUGAAGUUCACUACCACGAGCGCCGGGGCUCCCUGUGCUCCGGCUGUCAGAAGCCCAUCACUGGACGCUGCAUCACGGCCAUGUCCAAGAAGUUCCACCCGGAGCACUUUGUGUGCGCCUUCUGCCUGAAGCAGCUCAACAAAGGCACCUUUAAAGAACAGAACGACAAGCCCUACUGCCACGGCUGCUUCGUCAAGCUGUUCAGUUAGACAGUCGGGGCUCAGCACAGGUAGGGUGGGGGAUGGGAUUAACUGUGUUCCUAUCAGAGAAGGUUGUGUGUAUUCUCAUGACAUUGGGUGGAUUCUGUAUGUGCAUGUUGUCUCUGCCAGACUAAAAUAACUUCCCGUCCCGGUUCUCAGACUGUCAGCCGUGCAGUUUGAGUGUGAAAACACGGACUUCACAAAGACGCACUGAUGUGCUGAAGGUUUUGGUUUCAGUCUUCUGAAGUGUGUGUCAAAGAGCUGUAAUCUCACACAACUCAAAUCUCUGUAGUGCCUUUGGUUGAACCCAAACAUCCGGACUUCACCACAUUUCAUCCAGCCCACGUGUGGACUCGGCUGCAGACUUCACUGAUGUGAUUACCCACGAUUCACUGCGCGUUUUUCCACCUGCUAAAACAUUUACUGUUUUGACAUGAUGAUGCUGAGGUGGGCUGCAGCAGCACCCACAGUCCAGCUCAGCCAGAAGUGACGUGAUGACAGUGAACUCGUCACAGCGCUGAAGUCCGCCGAGGGGGGGCGUUUGGGUUCAGCCGUGAUCUCAGUCCGUGGGGGUGAAACGUUAGUGAACACUGUAGAAAUCCGUGAAAUACUCUGCGUGGUUGACGUUGUUGCUCACUGGUUGAGCGUUUCCUGUUUAGAAACCAUAAAACUCUUCAAACUUCAGCAGGGAGCAGGUGACCUGUUGGUUUUUUAAAAAUUCAGUAUAAACUUUUUACAGCAGAAGAGCGUGAAAGGCUUUAGAUACCCGUGAUGUCACUGUAGCUUUAACUGGAAGUGGACUGUUUUGUAUGUAUGAAGACUUUUAGAGUUGACUCGGUCAGUUUUACAGAAUCCGAAACUCAAACGCACCAGUUUUCUUCAGCUGAACUCAGACAUGAUGGGAUGAAGGAUUUCAGUUUGUAGCUGCAGUAUUCGCUCAGUGCCAAGUCAGCCUUCGUGUUUUCACUGGGAGUGCACGCUACCCUCACUGUUUCUGAGUCCACCUGAGAAGUAUUGUGUAAAUAUCCAGUGCAGCUAUGUGUUCGUGCAGCGCUCGGCGUGUCCAUGCGUUCAAUAACCACUCGUUCAAAGCGGAGGGGCGGCUCGUCGCGUCUUUACUGUAUCGAGAAGCGAAUGAAUGUUCACUGUUUUGAAAGAAGAGAGCAGAUAUUUUGCUGUGAUAUUCCAAUAACUCUAUGCAACUGUUUAUUAACAUCUUAUUUCAGCAUCAGCAUGCGUUCGCUAACAGGCCGACAGCUCUGUUCUCCCGUCCGUCAGAGGACUCGGCGUCUACUGUAGAACCACCAGGUCGGCUUCUUCACGCAGCACAUUUAUGUCGGCCUUUCGUCUCGUUCAGGGAAUUCUAGAGCCUUAAAACUUUUCUGACUAUUUAAGAUAUCAUGUAACAGUGGAAUCGGUUUAGUGGAGUGUUAUUUAACCAAAGCCAUACCUUCUCUGAGUUGUUUUAUGUCUGUUCACUUUUAUCUUUUCCUUUUCACUUGGAAUGUCAAUAGUAAUGAAUAGUGAGACUCCUCACCUCUGGUCUGAUUACACAAAUAAAUUCUGUUUUGGUAUCAAA